AUGAUUCCACGAUCCUGCCCAUCAACGAAACCUCAUUUCAAUCCCAUAACAUGCAAAUGUGAAUGCAACAUAGCUUUGAUAAGUUGUUUUGGAGUAUCCAGAAAAUGUCAAUGCGAAUGUCCUGCAAGGGAAUGUGGAAUUAAUUCGCAUUUCGCCUUGAAUCCAAAAACAUGUCAAUGCGAGUGUUUAUUAAAGAAAUGUGAGUCACCAUUAAUUUUAGAUGAAAAGAAUUGUAGAUGUCGAGUUUGCGACAAGGGAGUAAAUACUGCUCUAUAA